GUAAUAAAGUGCCACAUCAGCCAACAACACCACAAACAGCCGUUUUCACGCUCAUUAUCUUUGUUUAGCAGAAAAACGAGUUAAGAGGGAAAAAAGGCCUCACGGGUGAAAACAAAACCGAGCGGAAACUUUACCUCAGCUCCUUCGUAUGAAAACUGAACUGUGUUUGUUUCCCUGUGACAGACGCAAUGGGGUCUCUGAGGAAAUCUUCCCUGGCCAGGUUGUGUAUGUUUAUAUUAUGUAUGCCGGUGUUGCUGGAAUUUCCUGUGUUGAUUGGAGCUGUGGCAGUGCCUCAAUCAUAUGAAAAGGUAGGCUCAGACUUGGGCUUGCAGGUUUUCCUUCAUAUGGUCCAGCAGAAGCCACAUGAAAAUGUGGUUCUCUCCCCUCAUGGAGUAGCCACCAUUUUGGGGAUACUGUUACCAGGCACUCAUGGAAAUACCAAGCAACAGCUCCUUUCAGGUCUCCGAUAUAACAAAAAAGGUCCCUACAAGAUGCUACGGAAUCUGCAUAAGAUGCUAACAUCCAAGGCCCACAACAACUUCAUAAUCAUCGCCAAUGCACUCUUUCCACAGGAAGGCUUUAACAUUUACAACAAUUUCCUAAAUACCAAUAGGGACAAUUUCUUGUGUGAUAGCCAUGCACUUAACUACAACAACCCUCAGCAGUCUGCAGAUUACAUCAAUGGGUGGAUCAAAAAUCGCACAAUGGGCCACAUUCGCAGUCUUUUGAAACCAGAUAUGUUGGACCCAUCCCUGACACGACUAGUAAUAGUAAACUCAAUCUACUUUAAAGGAAUGUGGAAGUCCCGCUUCCCAGUACAGAGCACCAAGAUUAGGACCUUUACAGGUGGUGAUGGGAAGUCUUACAAUGUGCCAAUGAUGUCCCAACUAUCUGUCUUUAAAAUCGGUUGGGCAAAUACUCCUGAUGGUGUGAAAUAUAGGGUUAUAGAGUUACCCUAUCAUGGCAAUCACACAAGCAUGCUUAUUGCAUUUCCUUCAGAAAGGGCGACACCAUUGUCAAUGAUCUUACCUCAUCUCACCACAAAAACAGUGCAUGGUUGGACCAAACUGAUGCAUCAUGGAAAGAUCCGUCUCUUGUUGCCAAAGUUCACAGCAGAGAUGAAGAUGGAUCUGAAGAGGCCUUUGUGUGCUCUUGGUAUAACAGACAUUUUUAAUAAGGGAAAAGCUGACUUGAGACACAUCAGUUCAGAACCCAUUCAUCUUUCCAGUGCACUGCAGAAAAUCAAGAUAGAGGUUAAUGAGAAUGGAACUAAAGCAACUGCUGCAACUACUGCUAUUUUGAUGGCCAGGUCAUCACCUCCAGUGGUGAUUAUUGAUAGACCGUUUUUGUUCCUUAUCAAACACAAUUCUACAGGAACCAUCCUUUUUGCUGGUCAAAUAAACAAGCCUUGAGCACACUGUGGUUAAGAACAUGGAGACGCCGACAUAUAUUUCACUUCAGCUUUGUAUUUGGUUAUAACAUCAUUUCCCUGCUAUUAGAAAGCUUUAAUCAGAAAUAUUAUUUUGCUUUAUAUUACUCUAUUUUUGAUAGAGGGCUGUAUGUUCAGUGUAGUUCAAGCAUAAUCUGCUUGUAAUAAACAUGAAUAAACAUAUUAGUUUACUAAA